GUUCAAACGUGUCUCUCUCUUCUUUCUUUUUUUCUUUGUGUUAUUUUAAGAAACACAUCUUUCUACUACCAAUAUUAUCAUUACCUCUAUCAAUAUAUUAUAUGGAAACAUCACGUCAAUUUCUACAACAAGAAGAAAAUUCAGCUUCAGCAGACAAAGCAAUCAUAAAUGAUAACAAUAAUCCAUAUAUAACCCUUUCUCAAUUUGACAUGGAGCUACAGCAGCAAGCUCAAUUAGCAAUGCAGCAAGAGAUAGACGUAUGGAAAGACUUUGAAAACUAUUUGUCUCCAGUUGAAUACAAAGACACCCAAACUUUGGAUAAUCAAUGUCAAACAAAUGCGCAACAAACACCUGAAAACAACAAGCUUGAUGGUAAAUCAUCACCUAUUAGACAAACUCACAAGCAACAAGACAGCAAUGAAAAACCAAUAUUCUCAAGUCCAGUCUCGCCUUUAACAUGCAAUAAAAAUUUUAAGUCAACUAGUAGCGACGCAUCAAAUUCACCAUGGUUUAAUAGUCCUGAAUUUCAUAGUUCAGACUCUAUGCACCAACAGCCAAAAUCACCUGAACAAAACUUGUCCAAUAACCAAACAAUGUUUUCUCAACAGCUUCAGCAGCCAUCACCUGUUUCUCUUACUACAGUUACUCCUUUAGAAACUCCUCUUGAUUCUCCUCAUCAGGAUAUAUUCACUUCACCGCUCAAGUUUAAAAUCCCUCAAUUCCAAUCAAUUGAACCUUUGGAAAAUUCUGGCAUAAACGAUUCAUUGAUUCAAGGUAUUGACGCUUUGUCUCCACCAUAUUUUUUCCCAAUUGAACAACCUUCAAGUUCAUCAUUAACAGAAAAGAGCAGCAACACAACAAUUAAGCCGGUACCAAUUGUAAAUAUAGCCACUACAAGGAAAGAUUCUAUACCUCAGGAAAAGAAAUCAGCUCAUAAUGCCAUUGAGCGUCGUUAUAGAAAUAAUAUAAAUGAUCGUAUCACUGAGCUUAAAAAUACAGUUCCUGCCUUAGUUCAUGCAAAACUAAAGGACUCUGGCAUUGCACCUAAUAAGCGAUCUAGCCAAUCCCUUUUAGGCAAUGAUGAAGACGACGACGAAGAAGACGGAGAAGAACUCAUUGAUGGCGUUACUGUGGCUACCAAAUUAAACAAGGCUACUAUCUUGCGAAAAUCGACCGAAUACAUCCUACAUUUAAAGCGCAAUGAUGAAGAACUUCACAGAGAAAAUGAGACUCUGCAACUGUUGUUGGCUCAAUUGCCUAGUGGACGUCAAGCACUUGGUCGCUAUCGUCAACAAAGAGCUCAGCGCGAGCAGGAAAUAGAAAGACAGCAACUUCAAAAUGCUGCGCUACAAAAACACUCGCAACGCCAACAACGUAAAGGGAGCGGAAGAAAAAGAACACGCCGUGUUUCUGAAACACAAGGGGGCAGCUACGAUUUAGAAAUGACUCAAAUAAUGUCUACUCCUCUUGAAUUCCAACAUUCUACCCAAAGACCAUAUCAAACUAUGUACAAGAUGCCCAGAGUAGCUAAAGAGCAAAACGCUUCAAUGAAAAACCAAGUGUUUAUGGCUCUUUUUAUGGCAAUCAGUUUCUUUUCUUCUUCACCCCUUUCAGCUGGUCCUAGUACUAAGGAUCAAUAUGAAAGUCACAAGCAUAUUUCUCGUACUGCAGAAGAACUCUUUUCUUCAAACAACAGUAGCUCUGUGUCAUUCUUGAGCAAUGUGUCCCUUUUCUCUGAUACAUGGUCUACAAUUCGAACUACUCUAUUUAUGAUUUGUUUGAUUCAAUUGUUAUUCCCUUUGUUUCGCUUCUGGCUUCCUUCUGGUUUUAAAGUAAGAAAAGUCAACAAGAAAUCAAGAACAGCUUCGGCCGAAAACAAGUCAUCCCUGAAUGGAAAUAUUGCAACUCACACUACUUCUUUAACGCCUGGUGAUCAAAAAUGUAUGCAAAUUUACAAUAUUCUUGUCAGCUCACUUGAGAAGAGCCGCUCUAACAAGUCUGGAACUGUGUUUCCUCAAAAAGACAAGAAUCCUCUUCGUUUAUAUUCUGCGCUUUUUAAAGAAAUUGCUCGAUUUGUUUGUCGACAUUGGCUUGGCUAUGAAAUUCUAUAUGAUGAUCAAAACUUAACUCCACAAGAGCAGUGGGUACAAGCCUGUAAAUGGAUUAAGCUGAACGAAGUUGAAUGCCUUGGCGGUAACCCUGAUGUCACUCGUGUUUCUAUGUUGUAUUCUUGCUUCCAUAUGCUCAAUUUGAUUGAAUUGAUGGAGGACGAUGAGAACGAAUACGUCGAACAAUCUCGUUCCCGUGUCUAUGCUACAACUGCUAUGCAGAUGGCUCUUGUUAUUCCUCAUCAUGGUAUUGCUGAAAAAAUAUCAAAAUAUUUCUGGCGUCUUGCCAUGUACGAAUCAGGUCUUGAAGAUGAUCCAUUGAUGCGAGCAUUGAUUUUUGAUUGUCAUGAAGAUGAUGGCGAAGAUCGUAUGGAAUUGAUGCUCGCCUCUCGCGCUUGGAGCGAGACACUUGAAGUCAUGAAUCAACAAAUCGAGCAUUUUGGGAAGCCAGAAGCCCGUGGUCUUUCGCUAUCGAUGACAGCGCCAGUUCUUGUGCCUGUUGGUAUACUGUCUACUUUGCACUUGCUUGACAACUUGCAAACACAGUUUGGUCGUUUGAUUAUCUCAGUGACCGCAAAGCCUUUAACAGCUGAUAUGGUGGCUGAAGAAAGCAAAUCGGAUUUCAAUGAAACUGCUUUUGCUCUACUGAUGGAUAUCACUGACUCUAGUCUAGAAAGUGAAAGCCGAGUAGGUGAUUAUCAUCGAUUAGCUCAUUGGCUUGCUGCUGUCGGCGCUACUGUAGACGCUCUCUGGAAAAGCGAUGUCAAGACUGCUGAAAAGCUACUUAAAACAUUAGUACAAAAUGUUCCUCGUUCACUUGUUUCUCGUGAAAUUGCAGGCAGUGACAUUGUUUGUUACAAGGAACGUAUGAAUCAAUUGGAUGAAUUGACUAAAAAAUCUAUUAUUCAUACUUUGGUUGGUGCUACUUGGUUGAAGAAAGAAUCUACAGAAUACUGUCCUAGAGGUGUUGAAGAACUUCAGAAAGCAGAACAAAUCAAGGCGCAUAUAAAGAGGAUCAUGGCUAAUGCAAGUCAUAUUAAACAAAACAAGACUGAAUACGACAACCAAGACUUGGAGAGCUCUGUAUUAGCUCUUGCUGAAUUUGUCACUGCUGUCACUGGUUUGGAAGCAUGGAUUUGUGCCUGGCGUCUUGCACCUGUACUAGCACAAGACCAAACAGAUCGAAAUGCCUGGGAAGAAGCUUUGACAGAGCAAGUGCACCAUGCUAGCUUGAAUUUACGUCGCAUGAUUCGUCGCCAUUCGUUAGAUGGUUUAAGGACAAAUCAAGCUAUCAUUGAGCGAUUAAGUAGAUUAGGCGCUUUUGUUUCCAACCAAAUUGAUGAAGUUGAUUCUGAAGAUGAUGGACAAAAAGAAAAUGAUUUGCUUACUCAUCGCUCCAAGAAAGCACUUGAGAUUCUUCGUGGCCUUUCUUAACGACUAUCUUAAUAACUAUUCCCUUCUCUUCUCUGCAUUCCCCUCCUCUCGUGUUUUAUUAUA